CAUGAACGCUCCGACUCCAGGAUACCCCUUCUGCCCUACGCUGACUUCACCCCGCCUUCCUCUCCCACGUCUCGUUCUUCGUCCCGCUCCUACAUGUCCUACCUCCCUAGACGACGUUUACUCGGUGCCCUCUUCUCCCUCACUGUCCUUUCUUUCGUAGCCCUUUCGGUCACCACCUUUGGUCGCGUUCCUGAGGAGACUUUCCAGGUGACACCCGAGCACGGGAACGCUCCGCCACAGCAACCUGAGACGAACGACCGAAGACCUGAAGUGGAUCUGACCCACCCCCCGCUCCCUCCUGCUGCUUCAGAGCCCGACCGGGAGCCUGUAUCGGAAGAGGAGGAGUAUUCAUAUUCGCCGCGUCUGCUCGGUCCUCCUACGCAAAGCUUCCGCGACAACCUACGGAAUGACACCAAAUACAUCACUUCAUGGCCUUCCGCUGGAUGGACCAACGAUGUCAUGACCUACGCCAACCUGAUCUACCUCGGCAGCCUCACCGAGCGUGUACCUAUCAUCCCCAUGUUCACGCCCUCUCACAUUGGCGGAGACGCCGCCCCCAUUCCUUUCGGAGAGGUCUUCGACGUCCCUCGUUUCAUAGAAGAGUCUGGCAUCGAGAUCGUCGAAUGGGACGAGGUCAAGGAUCCCGAGAGCAACGUAGUAGAUGAUCUCGGCUGCUGGAACAUCUGGGAAGCCGUCCAAUACCACGAGCACCACCCAAGACCCAGCGCCGCACCGGAUUGGCUCAAGCUCGACCUGUCAUACACUAAAGCACCCGACUGGGUGAAGCUGAUUCCGAACUACGAACAUGAUUCGUGCAGCACUUUCAUGGCGCUUACACGCCUCAGCUAUCCGGAAGAGCGCUCGCGCAAUAUCGGCCACGCUCUACCGUCCCCACUUCACAACGCCGUGUUGGAUCCCGAAGAGCAUGUGCUAUGUUAUGAUUACUUGUAUUACGCAUGUGCUCAGCAGUCAUACGAGUAUGACUUUGACUACGCUCCCAUGUGGAGAUAUGUUUUGCGACACUUCCACUGGACACAACGCAUCGAGCUGAUCACGCAGCAGUAUGUGCGCGAGGUGUUUGAGUUGCCACCAGGGACCAACAUGCCGCCGUUCAUUGCCGUUCACAUACGUCACGGGGAUUUCAGCAAUUGGUGCUGGGCUGCCGAGAACCCCGAGGAUUGCUUUGCUCCCAUCUCUGCUAUUGAGCGGAGGGUGAAAGAGGUCCAGGAUGAGCUCCGCGAGCGCAAGGGCUUGGACGUUGACCGCAUCUUCAUCUCGAGCGACGAGAAGGACCCGGCGUGGUGGGACCAGAUCAAGGCGCUGGGCUGGAGGACCGUCGACCACGACGCCAUGCGGACAGCGGCGGUAUACGGGCGGUGGUACCCCGUCAUCAUCGAUGCUGCGAUCCAGUCGGCCGCCGUCGGGUUCGUGGGGACCGACCGGUCGACGUACUCGAUCGUCUCGCGGCGUAGGGUGCAGUCAUGGCAGGACGGCGUGACGCGGGUCCUCAAGUGGGGCUUUAAGGGCGCAGACGAUCAUUGAGUAGCUGCAGCUCGUUCCGCGACUUCGGAUCGUGUGUCGUGAACACAGCGCGCUGGGUGACCGACACCGAGGAACGCUGCUGCCUUAUAGCUAAUAUUGUAUAUAUACUGGCACUGCUGAAUAUAGCUUGCUGUGUCGUAUUAAAAGCGUAUCAACC